AUGUUAAAGACACUUCUCGUGGUUUUCAUCCACGGAUUUAAGGGUGGCGAUGACACCUUCGGCAUUUUUCCAGAGCACCUGCGGGUUCUAGUCAGCAGAGCACUUCCAGCUGUCAAAGUCACAACCGCUGUGUAUCCCAAAUUUGAAACACGAGGUCAAUUGGGAGAAGCUGUGGGGAGAUUUCGGGAAUGGCUUCAAAAUACCGUAAUCGAUAUUGAAGUUCAAAAUCAUACUGCGUCGCCCACCGUCGACCCGUCCGUCCAUGUAUUCCUCGUCGGACACUCCAUGGGAGGAAUUGUGGCAGCAGAUACAUUGCUGUUACUAGCAGGUGAACAACCCAUUCCGCACAACCCAGGGCCAGAUCCCGAUGAUCAUGCGCCCGCCGUGCAACCCGGCACAUUCAUGUUUCCUCACAUACAAGGAGUCCUUGCCUUUGACACUCCAUAUUUGGGCAUUGCUCCAGGUGUGGUAGCGCAUGGUGCAGAAGGGCAUUACCGAAAUGCUACAACGGCAUACAAUACCUUUACAGAGGUUGCAGGGCUGUUUGGAUACGGGGGAAAGGACGGUGGAUCUGGAGGAAAUGCUUCUGCCGCAGCCGCGAAAGAGCCUUCCAAAGCUCUAAAGCCAUCUGAGGAUGCUGCCGCAGUCCCAUCAUGGCAGAAGUGGGGUCGAUAUGCCAUGUUCGCUGGUGCUGCAGGCGCAGUAGCAGCCGGUGGCGCCGCUGCUCUUUACUCCCAACGCCAAAAUCUGUCUGCGAGUGUCGACUGGGUAUCUUCACAUCUCGCGUUUAUUGGAUGCUUGGCGCGAAGAUCGGAACUGGAGCAACGUAUCUCCAAAUUAGCAACCGUGGAGGUUGAACGGGGCAUCCGUUGUGUCAACUUCUACACCUGCCUCGGAAAAGGAGCGGGAUCCUUGGUAGAGAACAUGCCAACUGGAAAGACUUCAUUCACUCAGAAAAUCAUUCGUUCAAAGAACAGAACAUUUUGCACGCUUCCAUCCGCGGUGGAAAAUGGCGAGGAAGUCCCGACUUCAGCUCAGCCUGGACUCCGAUGGACAAAGGCUGUCAACAACCAGGCCACAGAUGAAGUGAAGGCACAUGUCACCAUUUUCCUACCUAAAGAAAACCCUGCAUUUUUCGACCUUCUCAGUGAGACUUGCAAGACGUUAGUGACAUCGAUCGACAUGGGCUGGUACAAUACGUCAACGGGGCCGGACGAAGGGAAUGACCCCAAAGUCCAACCUGACGAGCGUACACCCGGAAGCGACAGCUUCGUGGAUGCGGAUGACGUCGUUGUCGUUGACUGA